AUGGCGCAGUCAAUUCCAAGAGGAAAUUUUAUGGAUUUUAGUCCAACUUUUAACGACCGUGGAUGCGAUGACAACCCAUACGCGGAAAAUAAAAACCCUGUUCCCGUGUUGAGUUUAGUUCAGUUCUCAAGAUCCCCUUUUGUGUCGUUUGGAACAAUAAAAUUGGGCUCAUCAAAGUCGCUGUCUUUACGAAUUGAAAAUCCAGUCGAAGACAUACCUGCGACAGUGAAGGUUGACAAGAUAUCGUCAUCUAAAGGAUUCUCAGUUGACCAGACAUUCUUUACGAUCGAGCCCGAGGACAGUAUAACUUUGACUGUAACGUGGACACCUGUGGAAGAAGGUGGAGUAAGAGAACUUGUCAGUUUCCUGGCAAAUGGAGUUGUUAAGCAUCAAGCCAUUUUGCUUGGGAAAGCAGAGGCACCAAAAAAGAAAAAGAAAAGUCUGUGGGAUUCUAUUAAGAAGAAGAAUACAAAUAUCUCUGCACCAGCUAAAGGAAAGAGAGAAGUAUCAAUGCAGAAGAAAGCAGUUAACAAGACUUUUCAUGUAUCUCGACAACCUCAGUACAAGAGGGAUAAGGCACGAAGCCCUCUCUCACCGUUGAACAAUCAAAGAUCCCAGCCUAGCUCCAAGCCUAGACUUAAAGCUAAGUCUGUCCAGGAUGACUUGGAGAACAUUCCUUUACAGGAGAACUCACCUAUUGUCCUCUUGGUUCCAUCAGACAAAUUGCUUGAUACUUCUGGUAAAAUGGAUGCCUUGCCUGUCCCGGUGCGCAAAGCUGAAAACAAAGACCUUAUCAGAGUGUUGAACAAGACACUCUCUCCUAUUAGUACACCAGAGAGGUUUGCUAACCCUCCAUGUUAUCAAAGUCCUCUUCCUGUCAUUAGCAAACCUGCGUGUGAUGCUGGUCGGGAAAUUGCCCCUCCUGCUCUGACAGUGUGUGAUGCAUUGUUAGCGAUUGAGUCAGAUCUGUCUUGUGAUGUCAGUCCCCCAAAUGCUUGCUCAAGCUUUGAGUUUUCCGAUUCUCUGGAAUUAGGGUCGGAAAAAGCAGAUCCACGUUGCGUCGCCGAAUUAAACACAGGCACUAACGAAGAUAGAGGAGCACAGCCAAGACUCACUUUCUUUGUUAAGCCGGAAUGUGGUCCGGACGACCAAUCAGAACUCAAGCCAAUAAAGAUACCUGUCAAUUCUGCUACAGUAACCAAGAGCAAGGCAGGGCCUCGUCAUGAGAAAAGUCCUGACCUGCGAAAGGCGAAAACAUCAAGACGAAGGCUCUUGGAGAAAACUUCAGGGGUUUCAGUGCGGAGUCCUGCUGACUCUGAUCCAAAGAGUCUGCCCAAAGGUGUCACGGCUCUGCCUGUAAUUGGAUCUGAUGCAAGCCCAGAUGCUCCUUUUGGUUCCAGAGUCAUGAUCUCACCGUUGGACAACCAACAGAAUUUAAUGUCGUGCAGAUUGACUCUGUCCGAUAAGUAUUCUCCUUCUGUGUCCCUCACUAGGCCCGAGAUUACACCUCCAGCUACCUGCUCAGAUAUUAGGCAGGCAAACUCCCUCUUAGAGGUUGCAGUCAAACAUGAGUCAGUGUUGACACCCACAUGUGACACACUGGAUCUGUUUCCUGUGCAUAACAAAUGCCCAACACAGAACAAAAAGAGAAAAAGUAAUGAGUAUUUGAAAGACAGCUCAGAAGAAGAAGAGAAAACCUUCCAAGUUAAACGAAGCCGGGCACUAACUCAACCAAAGCAACCCAAGAAGUCAAAUCAAGAGAAAAGGUUCAGUGCAAGGUCAGUCACCUCUGGACAGCUUCAGCAAAAAAUAGCAGGUGAGUGAAAUGUUUACUCUUUGAAGUCAUUCAGUUCUUCAUCCGUGAGGACUGCAAAGGUUGUUGCUGUGGCACAGUCCAAACUGACGUUCGUAAAGCCUGCUCAGACCGUGAUACCAAGGCAUCCCUUGCCAUUUGCCGCCAAAAACAUGUUUUAUGACGAGAGAUGGAUCGAAAAGCAGGAAAGAGGAUUCACUUGGUGGAUGAAUUACGUUCUCACUCCAGAUGACUUCAAAGUGGCCACUGAAGUCGCCAAAGUGAAUGCUCUGUCCUUAACCACCGGAGGAGACAAGUUCAACAUACCCAGAGCUCCAACAAAAGAAGAGGUGUCUUUUAAGACCUACACAGCCCGUCGACGGCUAAACCGUCUCCGUCGAGCAGCCUGCCAGUUGUUCACAUCUGACAGCAUGGUGAAAGCCAUCCAGCGCUUAGAGCUGGAGAUAGAAGCUAAGAGGCUUCUGAUACGGAAGGACCGUCACCUAUGGAAGGACAUAGGUGAACGUCAAAAAGUUCUGAAUUGGCUUCUGUCCUAUAAUCCUCUUUGGCUGAGAAUCGGGCUUGAGACUGUCUUUGGAGAGCUGAUUUCACUGGAUAGUAACAGUGAUGUCAUGGGUCUGGCCAUGUUCAUACUUGGACGUCUGCUGUGGAAUCCAGACAUCGCCGCAGAAUUCAGACACCCUAAAGUGCCUCACUUGUACAGAGAUGGUCAUGAGGCGGCUCUUUCUCGUUUCACUCUGAAGAAACUACUUCUGCUCGUCUGUUUUCUGGACAAAGCCAAAGAAUCCAGACUGAUUGAGCACGACCCCUGCUUGUUCUGCAUGGACGCUGAAUUCAAGUCAAGCAAGGACCUGCUCCUAGCUUUUGCAAGGGACUUCCUGAGCGGAGAGGGCAUCCUGUCACGGCACCUUGGUCACCUAGGUUUUACCGUAUCUCACAGCCAGACUCCUCUGGAUGAGUUUGAUUUUGCUGUCAAGAACUUGGCAGUUGAUUUAAGAUGUGGAAUUCGGCUAGUGCGCGUUAUGGAGUUGUUUACCCAAGAUUGGAGCUUUUCCAGCAAGCUCAGAAUGCCUGCAAUCAGUCGUCUGCAGAAAGUGCACAAUGUCGACGUUGCUUUGCAGGUGCUGAAACGAAAAGGCGUUGACCUUAAAGAUGAGCAUGGGAGUGUUAUUGACUCCAGAGACAUUGUGGAUGGACACAGGGAGAAGACUCUGAGUCUCCUAUGGAAAAUAAUCUUUGCCUUCCAGGUGGAAGUACUUCUUGAUGAAGAACAACUCAAAGAGGAAAUCAGUUUUCUCAAGAAAACUUGGACAACAAAGCAAAAACUAGCCUCGUUAAGAUCCGACCAGAAUGCACUUACAAAGACCACAAGGCCAAAGCCGCAAUUUGAACAUUCUAGCAAGAAAAUCACUCUACUCUUUGACUGGGUCAAUGCAGUUUGUGAAUUCUACAGCCUAAAGGCAGAGAACUUUACAGUUUCGUUCUCGGAUGGUCGUAUCCUCUGCUACCUCGUCCACCAUUAUCACCCAAGUCAUCUACCAGUGGACAGUAUACGCCAAAGCACGACACAGACCAUUGAGUGCGGUCACCGAGGCAGAGUGGAACUUAACACCUCCACCAGUGAUUCAGAUUCUUCUUUUGAAACCUUGCCUUUGAGCCAGAAUGGAAACGGCUCAGAGUCCCCAUCUGUGGACUUCAAAGAACUUCUCGAGAACGAGAAGAGAAAUUUCCAUUUGGUCAACACUGCGGUCUCUUAUCUUGGGGGAGUUCCUGCCAUGAUAAAUCCGGACGACAUGUCAAACACAAUCCCUAAUGAAAAAGUUGUUACGUGUUACCUGUCAUUCCUUUGCACCCGUCUUUUGGACCUUCGAAAUGAGACCAGAGCUGCCAGAGUUAUCCAGUCUGCAUGGAGAAGACACAAGCUGCUAAAGGACCUUGAGCUUAACAGGCAAAGGAACUUGGCUGCAGUGAAAAUCCAGGUUCUGGUGAGGAGGUUUAUUCAGAGACGGCGUCAUAAACAUCAGAGUGAGGCAGCUGUAAUCAUCCAGGCAGCAUGGAGAGGUCACUCUGUUCGCCAAGAGCUGAGGCGAAUAAGGGAAGCAGAACUUGCUGCCUUACAAAGUAGUGCCGCAACCAUAAUCCAAAAAACGUUUCGAGGAUGGAGAACUCGAACUUUCCUGAAGAAAAGCCAUGCUGCUUCUUUGAUCCAAGCAGCAUUCCGGAAAUGGAGGGAGGAAAAAAUGGGGAGGAGAAAUGCAGCCGCUCUGAGGAUUCAGUCAUGGUACAGAAUGCAUCAGUGUCAAAAACGGUUUGUGGAUAUGAAACAAAAAGCUACAUACAUCCAAGCGUGGUUCAGAGGUCAUAGUCAAAGGCACAGGUUCCAGACUCUGAAACAGCAGCAUCAUGCAGCUGUUGUUAUUCAAAGUGCUUUCAGAGCCAGCCUCAUCAGAAGAGAGGUUGUAGCAAUGAGACGGGCCUCAGUCGUAAUUCAGCGAUGGUUCCAAGCCUGCACUCAGAGGAACACACAGAGGAAAAACUACCUGAAGUACAAGUCUGCAGCUGUUACCUUGCAAGCAGCCUUCCGUGGCUGGAGAGCCCGCAAUUUGGUGAAGCAGCAGCAUAAGGCCGCAGUUCUGAUCCAAACAGCUUUCCGGAAGCACGUGGCCCAAAGAGAAUUCCUGUCUUUAAGAAGAUCUGUUGUGACUGUGCAGCGGUUGUAUAGGGCCAGAGUCCUGGGACAAAAACUGAGAAAGGAAUAUCUGGCCAUCAGAAAUGCCACGAUCAAAAGUCAAGCAUUGUGGAGAGGAAGAGCAGAAAGAAGGAGGAUUAACAACCUCCACAGAUGUGCAGCGGUCAUACAAACGCAUUACAGAAGACAUAUAGCUCAGACUCAGUUCCUCAUGAAGAAGAGAGCAGCUAUAGUCAUACAAAACCAGUACAGAGCGUUCAAGGUAGGUGGAAAAGUACGAUCAGAGUACCUUGAGGCGAGAAAAGCAGUUAUCAUACUACAGAGUGCAUUCCGUGGAAUGAAGGUAAGGCAAGAGAUGAUCGAGAAAUGCAAAGCAGCCACCUUGAUCCAGUCGACAUUUAGAGCUUAUGCUUGUCGUCAGAAGUUUUUGUCUCUCAAGAACGCGGCAGUUGUCUUUCAGCGACGUUACCGCGCUUACUCAAAAGGACGAUGGGAAAGAGAGCGGUACGUUCGGUUGUUGCAAGCCACCACAAGGCUACAGGCUAUAUAUCGAGGUUCCCGUGUGAGAAAGGAGCUGACCUGCCAGCACCAAGCUGCAAUAGUUAUCCAAGCACAGUUCAGAAUGCAUAAGGUGAGAGUGUCUUAUCUUGCAGCCAAGUGUGCCACCACCAUCAUACAGCAACGGUACAGAGCACACGUUUCUGGGAAAAAUGCACGUGCUGCUUACUCAAAGAUGAGAUCCUCUGCUCUGAUCAUACAGUCAGCAUUCAGAGGCAUGAAGGUACGCCAUCGUCUUCAAAAAAUGCACAGAGCGGCAACAGCUAUUCAGUGUCGUUUUAGGGGACGCUCUCAACUUGUGAAGUAUAGAAGAAUGCAGUGGGCUGCGUCAGUUCUUCAGCAAAGGUUUAGAGCUAAGAAACUGAAAGACACUGCAGUGGAAAAUUACACAUCCAUGAAGAAUUCUGCACUGUGUAUACAGUCUGCCUACCGCGGCAUGAGAGUGAGAAGGCAACUCUCAGUGAUGCAGAAGGCUGCCGCUGUAAUCCAAAGGCAAUACAGAAUGUACGAGCAAAGAAACCGCUACGCCGCUCUCAAAAAUGCCGCCAUCAGAAUUCAGAGAUGGUACAGGGCCUCGAUUGUUGCGACUCAGCAACGGAACAGGUACUGUUCUAUGAAAAUGGCAGCCAUCACCUUGCAAUCUGCUUAUAGAGGAAUGAGAGACAGGAAGGAGAUCCGCAAGAGGCAUUUGGCUGCUACCGUCAUUCAGUCUUGGUAUAGAAUGUACAGGGUGAGGGUGCCUUUCAAAGCAAUGAGACUUGCGGCUGUGACCAUACAGAGACAAUACAGAUGCCAUCUCCUGAGAGAACAAACAAGAAAGAACUUCUUGCGACUGCGUCGAAGUGCGACAGUCGUUCAAGCCAUUUUUAGGGGGAACCGAGCGCGACGUGAGAUACGGAGGAUGCACUCUGCUGCCACGGUCAUUCAGGCUCAUUUCAGGAUGCGUCAGCAUCGUAGACGUUACAAACAAGUUCUGUGGGCAACAAAGGUUGUACAAGAAAGACUCAAAGCCAAGAAAGUUCGAGAUCAGCUUGUUGAGCAGUACCAGACCAAGAGAAACGCUGCUGUGGUGAUCCAGUCGACAUUCCGGGGUUACAAAGCCAGGCAGAGGAUCACGAAACUACAUAAUAUGGCCACUGUCAUUCAGAGGAAAUACUUCACUUACAAAGAGAGGAAACGUUUUCUAGCGGUCAAAGCAGCUGCCAUAUUCUGUCAACGGAAUUACCGAUCUCUUCUGGAUAUGAGGCAGGAUCGGUCAGAAUACCUGACGAAGCGCCAUGCAAUUGUUGCAAUUCAAGCGGGUUACAGAGGAAUGAAAGUUCGACGGCAGAUGCUCAAAGAGCAGAAGGCAGCAGUAACCAUCCAAUCCCACAUGAGAAAGCACAUUCACAAGCUGCACUAUAGAAGACUCAAAUGGGCAGCAAACACCAUUCAGCUUCGCUACAGAGCCACUAAAAUGAUGAGAAAAGAAAUGCAGAUUCUGAAAGAAAAGAAGCGUGCCAUCAUUACGUUACAGGCAGCUUACCGUGGCAUGAAGGCAAGACAAACUGUUAUGCGGAUGCACUCGGCUGCUGGUGUUAUACAGAGGGCGUAUAGGGCACACCGUGCCCGUAAGGACUAUCUCUCCUUGAAGUCUGCCACUCUUGCUGUUCAGCGACGAUACCAUGCGAGAUGCUUUGCCAGAAAGCAGAGACAGUACUUUUGUAGUUUGCGUAGAGCCGCGCUUGUCGUGCAAGCAUGUUACAGAGGUCGUAAAAUUAGGAGGGAGAUUCAUCUUCAGCAUCAGGCAGCCACUGUUAUCCAGGCUGCAUUCAAAAGACACAGGGAGGAAGUGAAAUUCCAGGCUAUGAAAUUGUCUGCCAUCAUCAUCCAGAGACAUUACAGGGCAUCCCUUAAAAGGAAAGAGGACCGUGAGCGCUAUCUGAGAUUGAGAAAAUCGGCCAUUCUUAUCCAGUCGGCGUACAGGGGGAAACGCAUCCGCCAGUGGAUCUCUAAGCAGAACAGAGCGGCCUUGAAAAUUCAAGCUGCAUAUAGAAUGCACAAACAGCAGACAUCCUUUAAGAGGCAGUGUUGGGCAGCAAAAGUUCUCCAGCAAAGAUUCAGAGCGCUGAAGCUCAGACAAGAUCAGAUGAAGAAGUAUCAGGAAAUGAGACAUGCUGCAAUCUGCCUGCAGAAGACGUUCAGAGGGAGGCGUGGAAGGGACGUGGCAAAACGAAUGAAAGCUGCCAGGAGAAUUCAGGCCUACUUGAAAAUGUGUGUCCAGCGUCAGCAGUUUUUGAAGGAAAAGUCAGCAGCUGUUGUGAUUCAGUCAGCUAUGAGGGGAUACCGUGUUAGACUUCAUUGCGCUGAAAUGCGAGCCUCUGCAGUUCUCAUACAACGGUGGUACAGAUCACACAAAGUGAUGCAACGAGAAAGAAAUGCAUACAAUGCCAUUCGUCAGGCCACAGUAACAUUGCAGUCUGCUGUUCGUGGAAUGCAAGCAAGGAGGCUUGCGAGACAGACCCGCGGUGCAAUAAAGAUCCAGUCCGUGCUACGCAUGCUCGUGUACCGCAAGCAGUUUGAACGCCUACGGUCAAGCGUAGUGAAACUACAGGCUUAUUUCCGAAUGUAUUUAGCGCGAAGAAGAUACCUGAGGUAUCAGACCGCUGCCAUAACUCUGCAGAGGCAGUUCAGAGCUCAGAGGGCCAUGGCAGCUCAAAGGUGUCAGUACCUCAAAACACUCGGAAGUGUCCGGAUCCUUCAGGCCCGAAUCCGUGGACUCAGCGAAUUCAAGAAGUUCCAGAGACUGAAAAGGAGUGCUGUCAUAAUACAAGCAGGUUAUCGAGGUAUGGUAGAGAGACGGAAGUUCCAGCAGUACAAAGCAUCAGUUUCAGUCAUUCAGAAACAUUACAGGGCUCACAGGCUCGGCCACAAAGAGCGGGAGAGGUUCCUGAGGAUGAAAAUGUCUGCUGUUCUAAUACAAUCGGCGUUCCGCGCUCAUCGAAGAAGAAAACGCGCCUUGCAGCUGCGCGCUGCGGUGAAAAUUCAAGCCUGGUACAGGGGAUGCUUAGCGCGUCAGAGUUUUACUGCCAAACAAGCUGCCGUUGCAAAAAUCCAUAGGUUCAUUCAAACAAAACGUCAGCGCAAGAGAUUCCAAGCUUUCCGGUAUAGCGCUCGAGUCAUCCAGCAAAGAUGGAGAGAAACUAUGAGGGUCAGGAGACAGCGAUCUGAAUUCCUGAGAAUGAAAACGGCAGCUGUUGUCAUACAGGCCCACUGGAGAGGUCAAAGUGUCAGACGUUCUAUUCACGAGAAACAAAAGGCUGCCAUUUUGAUUCAGUCAGUCUUCAGAAGCCAUCGCCAAAGAAGGUCAUUUAAGGAACUGAGAGAUGCGGCCAUAACUUUACAGCGACGUUUCCGAGCGUUGCAGUCGGACAGAGUGGAGCGAGAGAACUUGAAGAAGCGACACGAUGCCGCCGUUGUCCUUCAGGCCUCAUGCCGUGGCUGGCUCGCAAGACGACGGGUGAAAGAGGAAGCUAAUGCCAGCAGAAGGCUACGGUUCACAGCUGCCAUUUUCCACCACCUUUGCGCAAUGAAGAUCCAGAGGGCCUUACGUGCACACUGGAUGCUAAAAGCAGCUGAGAGACAUCUACAGUCUGUGAUCUACAUUCAGAGAUGUGUUAGAGCAAAACUUCAGAGGAAGAGGUUCCUUGAGGUUAGAGAGAAGAUCAUUAAGAUUCAAAGGGCAGUUAAGGUUUGGUUAACCAAACGCAAUGGAGCUGCCACGGUCAUCCAGCGUGCUGUUAAGCUGUUCCUCCUGAAGCGCCAGAGGAAGAUGCUUGAAUCUGGCAUUUUGAAGGCACAGGCGCUUUGGAGAGGCCACCGAUCACGAAAACUGCAUGACUCCAGCAAGGUUGUGGCCAUGAGGCAUCGCAUCAAAGCUAUCAACCAAAAGGUCAAAGAUGAAGACAGACUUUGCAACAAGACAUCGACCGCCAUAAGCUACUUGCUUGGAUAUCAAAAUUACGCGCAUAUUCUUUCGGCUUUAAUGCAUUUGGAAACCGCAACAAGGCUGUCUCCAGAGUGCUGUGAACAUUUGGUGAAGAGUGGCGCCACAUUCACCAUCUUCACCCUCAUACGGAGCUGCAACCGAAGCGUGCCUUCCAUGGAAAUCAUCUCUUUAGCUAUCCAAGUCCUCCUCAAUCUGUCAAAGUACAACAAAACCAUCGAGGCUGUUUAUGACGUGCCGGACUCUGUGGAGACUCUUCUGGAUCUGCUGCAGAUCUAUCGUGAAAAAGCAGGGGAUAAGGUGGCAGCUAAAGGGGGCUGUAUUUUUACCAAGGCCUGUUUCCUCCUGGCGCUCCUGGUACAGGAUGACAGAAGAGCAGUGGAGGUGAGAAAGCUCCCGAGGGCAGCAGAGCGAAUUUGCAGCAUCUAUCGCCUCACGCUGCGAAAAUACAAAAUGGAUGCAGAGAGAAACAAGGUCAAACAAAAGAUGAACGUCUCUCUAAAUGGCAGCUUUUUUUCUCAAGCAACCCCUCGAAAAUCCAAGCCAGUUGCAAAGUUUGCACCAGACUGGGUUCUUCGAAAAGAUAAGAUGAAAGAUAUUGUGGACCCUCUGCGUGCUAUCAGGAUGUUAACCAGUGCUCUUGCUAUUGUGCCUUAA